CAGUGGCUAAAACGGUUAUGAGAUCAUUUUAAGCUUGAUAUUAAGGGGAAAAAAUAAAAAUAGGAUAAAACGUCCUUAUUAGAUUUCAUAAUUCAUCGCUAUCGCUAUGCAAGUACGAACUUCCGCUACAAGGGUCACUAUGGUGAUGUGAAUGGCUUCUCAACUACCCAAUAAAAGGCCUCAAAGAUGAAAGAGAUGACAAGAGAGCUAACACAGACUCGAAUCCAGAAGAUCUGGGUCCCAUCCAAGGAAGAGAAACCCACAGUGCCUCGUAAAUCUGGUGGAGGCCCUCGUCUGGCCAACUCCCCCUUGGUCAUAGUGAUGGUUGGUCUGCCUGCCAGGGGCAAAACAUACAUUUCAAGGAAGCUCACUCGUUACCUCAACUGGAUCGGCAUCCCUACCAAAGUCUUCAACGUUGGUGAGUAUCGCAGAGAGACGGUAAAGAACUACAGCUCAUAUGACUUCUUCAAAUCAGACAACAAGGAGGCAGUCAAAAUAAGAGAACAAUGUGCCUUAGCUGCUCUCCAAGAUGUCAAGAUGUACCUCGAUGAGCUGGGUGGUCAAGUUGCAGUUUUCGAUGCCACAAACACAACCAGAGAAAGAAGAGACAUGAUCCUGGAGUUUGGUGCUGAGAACAGCUUCAAGAUCUUCUUCAUCGAGUCCCUUUGUGACGACCCAAACGUCAUUGCUACCAACAUCAUGGAAGUGAAGGUCUCCUGUCCUGACUACCAAGACUGCAACAAAACAGACGCCGUGGAAGAUUUUCAGAAGAGGAUCGAGUGUUAUAGAGCAAACUAUCAGCCUCUGGACCCUGAUGAUUAUGACAGGAACUUCUCCUUUAUCAAGGUGAUCGACGUGGGCCGCAGAUUCCUAGUGAACUGCAUCCAGGAUCACAUCCAGAGCCGCAUCGUCUACUACCUAAUGAACAUCCACGUCCAACCACGCUCUAUCUACCUGUGCAGACACGGUGAGAGUCAGCACAACCUGCAGGGCCGCCUGGGAGGAGACUCGGGCCUCUCUACUCGUGGUAGAAAGUUCGCUGGAGCUCUGUCCAAGUUUGUCGGGGAGCAGAAUCUUAAGAACCUGAAAGUAUGGACAAGCCAGCUAAAGCGAAGCAUUCAGACUGCUGAAGCGCUGAACGUGCCGUACGAGCAGUGGAAAGCCCUGAACGAGAUCGAUGCAGGCGUGUGUGAAGAAAUGACAUAUGAAGAAAUGCGGGAGCGAUACCCUGAUGAGUUCGCUCUCAGAGAUCAGGACAAGUAUUAUUACCGCUACCCUACUGGGGAGUCUUACCAGGACCUGGUGCAGCGGGUGGAGCCGGUGAUCAUGGAGCUCGAAAGGCAGGAGAAUGUUCUAGUCAUCUGUCACCAAGCUGUCAUGCGCUGCCUCCUUGCCUACUUCCUAGACAAGAGUGCUGAUGAGAUGCCGUACCUAAAGUGUCCACUCCACACCAUAUUGAAGCUGACCCCAGUGGCCUAUGGAUGUAAAGUGGAGUCUAUCUCGUUAAACAUUGAAGCAGUAAACACACACCGGGAUAGACCUGAGGAGAUGAGGAGAAGUCAAGGCACUCUGAUUAGGAGGAACAGCGUGACUCCGCUCACGAGUCACGAACCCACAAAGAGGCCUCGUAUGGAUAGCCUGGACGAUGCAGCCAUUCCCGAACUCACUCCAGCACCAAUGAGCUUCUGUGCCAGUGCAACCAACCCCCUCGCACUGUCCACACAGGACCUGAAACACCACAUCACAGAGGAGCAUGACAUUGUCCGGCUCUGCCAGUGAGGUGGAUGGUUUGCUUUGACUUUAUUCUGAUGGGAAUUAACAGAACCAAAUCCUUGCAGUGCAGGACCUUUUGAGUCUGUCUCUUUCUACAAGGACAGAAAAUUGGCACUGAGGGUCUUUCAUCCUCAAAGGGGACUAAUGAAGCACCUGUGUGAGUGUGUGUGUGUGUGUGUGUGUGUGUGUGUGUGUGUGUGUGUGUGAGUUCACAAAGCACACUACGCCUCAAGUAAGGCCACAGAUACUAAGUUCUUUACAUUUCGUUUUAUUGUCUUAUGAUGUCAUAUGAUGUUUGUUAUGAAUUCCUGAAUACUGCUGCUGGCUUUGGGAAAGCUAAUUUGUUGUUAGUGUCCAAUGAACAUGUAUUUUAUAAUGAAGGAAUGUUUCUAUAAUGAGAGAGGUGUAUGUACGGUUGAAAAUGUCAUCGUUUGUGUUUCUAACUGGAAUCUAUUUAUCCUGACAGGGUAUUUAUAAUUGUUUAUAAUGAUGAGGAACAGGUGAUCUUUUUACUUGAUGUAUGACUGAGUGAAUUCCGUAGAGUGCCUAGUGCUUCGGCUUUCAGCCCGACAACGCUUUUUGGUACUAAUAACCUAAGAUCAUACUGCUAUACUGUUUCUAAGCAGGAAGUGUCUCAGACUUUAUUUCCAUAUGCAGUUCACGUAAACCAAAUGUUUACUAUAUGAAUUCCAAGGUUUUAUCUAUUUAUACAUUUCAUAGAUAAAAACAAGCUUUACUAUUUACUAUUUCAGACAAGUAUUAUUUAGAGAAUUUAGUGAGGAUGUAAAUGCACUUUGAGGAGCCUUGGCUGGGCUCAAAUGCUAGUUAUUUUAAGCAUAACAAGUAGGUGCAAAGUAUUUUAUUGCUCCUAACUGUAGUAAGAGGUACUUUUUUUUGUUGUUUGUUUGUUUGUUUGCUUCUGACUUGAAUACUGUAUUCUGCAAUGCUGUAUAUUUUCUGUUAAUCUAUUUAUUUUUAAAGUACAACCCACAUUUGUAUUUUGAGUACAAAGCACCCUCUAUGUUAAGAUUAUUUCCACACUUACCUGCCCCUUUAACACGAAAUGUUAAAUAAGAACUAAAAUGUGUAUUUGCUGCACCAUUAAAUAACCUGAAGGAAA